AUGUCUCUAACCACGGCACUCCGACCUGUCGCACUCCCAUUUGGCGCGGGCCAAAGACGGGAUCACUCGUCAACAGACAAUGCCCAGAGCCGACCCUUCCAUCAUGAAGUCAGCUACCUCAACCUCCAUCGCACCCUUACACGAUACCAACAACUGAUCCUCCUCACUCCUUCUCCUUCUUCUUCGUCCGAUGUCCACAAUCCCUCUGAGUUGACCGCGCUGCAAAAGCAGGUCCAGGCCGAACUGUGGUCUCCCUUACCAUACCACCGCACAAAAUGGCUACACAACGUCGAGGGCGCUCGCACGCUCCUUUUACAACUAGAGCGAAAGGCGCAGGCCAUUCGUGUGCAACGUGCGAAAUAUGAGGCUAUCAAAGAUUUGGCCGAGAAGAGAACGGUCAUCAAGAGGCUGAGGGAUCGGAUAGAGGAGAUUGGGAGGGAGGUUGAAAUGAUGGGCCUGGAGGAGUGGAAGCCGCCCGUUGUCGAAGACGGAGGAGAGACCCUUUACGACUUUCUGCAGAUGCAGACGCAGACGCAGGCGCAGUCCGCAGUGACCGAGGGUCCAGCAGCGAAAGAGGGAGCGCAGGAGGCUCCGCUGACAGAGGGAAAACCCAUCAAAAGCAUAGAAGAGGAGCAGCCCGCGGAAGCUAUACAAAAAGACAAAGAUACGAGAGAAGAACUAUUUGGAUCUUCAAGCCUGCGGCAACGAGGCAAAGUACAUGGCGAAACGAAGAAAUCCGAGGGGCAGGCGAGCGGUGUGUCAACUCUCGCUGGGACGGAGCGAUCGCUCUUGGAUUCAUCGCGCGUGCAUGAAGACAUUACGGCAUCUCUGGUGAAAAUGGCAGCCCAGCUCAAACAGGAGCAGAGGAAGCUUCAGUUCUCUCUGGAACAAGACAAGGGCAUACUAGGGCGCGCGAUCGAAGGACUAGAUGUCAGCCUGAGUGGGAUGGAGGCCGCGAGCAAGAACAUGGCAUUCCUGAAGCGCAUGAGCGAGGAAGAAGGGUGGUUUGGACGACUGAAGCUGUACGGCAUGAUCUUUGCGAUGUGGGUGGUGGCGUUUCUGCUGGUGUUUGUGUGUCCCAAGUUGAGAUUUGGAUGA